AGGAGACCGAUUUGGAAUACAAUUGUGAAGGAUUUAAGGGAUUUACCAAAGGACAGAAUCAUCGUUCAUCGGGACUUCCCUAUUUUACCAACUCGCUCCGCGGCAGUAAGAGGAACUUGGUUUGAGUGGUAAAUCAACAUUAAAGACAAACAUACUGGCUGAUUACGAUUUGUCAAGUGAGUUGAGAUCUCAGUCGACCAACAGCUUAAAAGCACGGUACUAAGUGUAUGAUCGGGACUUAAUUUAACAGAAUAUGAGAAUAUAAUACUAUGGUUGAAGAAUGAUUCUGAUUAAACAAGUUGAUAUUCAGUGAGUGAUUAUUAUACAUAGAAUGUAAGACGAAUAAUAGUUGAAACAGUGUAACCAGUGUUUGUGAAAUCAAGAGCAGAAGGAGAAAAACAGGAUACAGAUGUCAGGCAGUGGGGGUAAAAAGGGAAUCUGUAACCUUAUGACCUUAAGAGCAGGUCAGGACAUGUCCAAACACAUAGUUAGUGGAAAAGUACAGAGAGUGAACUAAUGUCUAAUUAUUAAUUAAUAAGUCAUGAAUGUAACACCCUUGUUGGAUAAAAGUAGUGGGGGGAUGGUCAGUCAUGAUGAUGUGUGGGAAAUAGAAUGUGUUUCGAUUUAAGAGUAUAAAAGAUGAAAUGCAGAAGUAUAUUAUGGGAUUUUCACCUCGGACACAGACUGUACUGCAUGCAACUCCCUCGCAGUAUUAUUUUGGCUUUUAAGAGUUUGGUCUGGAUUCCCCCUGCCAAGCAUUCAGAGAUCAGUUUAUCUUUCACACUUUGGAUUUCUACUUCCUGGACUUUGUACAGAGUCGAGGAGACCGAUUUGGAAUACAAUUGUGAAGGAUUUAAGGGUUUCACCAAAGGACAGAAUCAUCGUUCAUCGGGACUUCCCUAUUUUACCAACUUGCUCCGCGGCAGUAAGAGGAACUUGGUUUGGGUGUUGGGGCAUCGGCCGUGCGGCUCACUUGACGCCUGUUCUUCCCUAAAAAGGUUUUUUGGACAGUUUUGGACAUUUUCACAUGACCCCUACUUCACCUGCCUGGCUCAUAAAUAGUAAAACUAUAGGCAACCUGAAUGGUAGCUCCGACACCUGACGGGACUUAACUUCGGACCCAGCUGCUGGAAGCCUCCCUGACUAGCGGUUCCGGGGGACGUGAGGAAGUGGGGCAGACGUCAGAGUUAAGGGUGGUUAGAAGCCAGAAGAUGUUCGGCGUUGAAGCCAGAAACAUUGUGGAGGCUCUGGGUGCUGAGAAAACUCUGAUCCCCAACAAGGACCUACUGCUGAACGUGGAGCUAAUGACUCUGGUCAAAGUCAGAAAGAAGGGAUUCUUUGAAGUUCCAGAGUAUGAACCUCUGAACAUCAAACUACCACAACUGUUGAUAGAAGAGCCGGCCCUAUAUUGUGAUGAUAAAGUGCUGGUGAAGGACUUCAGGUCUGUGUCAAAGGUUAGUGGGACGGCCAGUGUUGGUGGAGGACACGGGGAUGUUGGAGCAGAAAUCUCUGGUGGUGGAGACAGACUGGACGGACUGACUGAACCUGUCAGCUUGAUGAAGAAGGAAGUUCAUGUUCUUGGGAAGAGUUUCAGCAAAUUUAACAAGAACAAAGUGAAAGAGCUGAAACCGAAGAAGACAGAAAAACUUGCUCUCGUCAACCAGAUCGUCUACAACACCGGUGACGUCCAGAUCAUCAGGGCGUCCAAGAAAGAAGGAUCUGUGUCGGCAUUCUGUGAGAAACUAUUCAGUCUGUCAUUGAAGGGCAGCAAGGAGAAGGCGACGUCCUUCACUGUUCCAGAAAAGUCCACCUUCGCCUACGGCCUCGCAGAGAUCAUGAUAGAGGAAGAUAAACUGGAGAUACCAAACGUUGGUUAUAAGAUCAGACUAUCAUCAAUAUUUCAAACAUUAUACGUAGGAACUCCCCCCCCUCAGUCUGAUCCUGAAGUCUUGGCAAUGAAAGAGUUGGAGAUGAAUCUAUCUAAAAUGCAGCCGCUGGCAGAUCUUCCUGAGUCGACCCGUCGUGAGCUGCUGAAGAAACUCUGUGACGUCCUGAAGAACCAGGACGACCUCUCUGAGCUGGAGGAGACGCUGGAUCAGUCCAUUAAAGGGACGUAUGAACGUCCUCAGAGUCAGACCAUCUCCUCCUUCCUGGACGUCCUGGACGUCUCUAACGUCUCCUCAGAUGUGAAGACGAUUGUUUACAUGCUGGUCAGCGCCUUGAACGCUCUACCUGAUGAAGUUCCAACUCUUCUGGUCACCUGUGAUGUAGAAGUUCUGGAUUUCUUCAUCUAUAAAGCCACCAACUGGAGGAACAUUCACCGAGAGGCUCCGGCCGUUGUGAAGAACGAGUUCUCCUGGAUGCUCGACUUCAUGGAGACGACCAAGAAGACAGAAGACGACGAGGACGAGGAGGACUACGAUGGGCCUGUGAUUUUUAGGUUUCCUCUGGAGAAGCUGAGGGAGAUGGUGUGUGUCGCCAUGAAGGGAAUCAAGAUCCUGAGGUCCUGAACUCAGCACGUCUGAGACGUAUGAAAAGAUGAACAGCUCAGAUAAGAAGCCGUUAACGGGUUCAUUUUAAAGACGUGUUAACAUCAUCUCACAAACACGUCAACAACAUGAUUUUAAAAAGCUAAAGAACUUUUUAUUUCACUCUUUCUUUACAAUCUGCAGUUAUGACUUAAAGGAAUCAAAACUAUCGUUAUUAAUAUUAAAUUGUCUGUUUUUGCUCCUUUCACAUUAUAAACACUGAGUUCAUCCAUGAAGCUUCAUGAUUCUACUUUUAUAUUAUUAACCAGGGGCGGUGGAGGUUUUAUUUCUGGUUUUAUUUUGUAAUUCUUUAUAUUUCAUAUCUAUAGUGCAUUAGAUCAGCUGGUGAAUGAACAGCCUGUUUCAGAUAAAUUGUUUUCAAUAAAUUCAAUAAAAGGUUUUUCUCGUC